AUGCAGGCAGCAGCCGCGGGGCCUGGCGAGAAGACCAUGGGCGCCUCAACCUCCUGGGGCCUGCUCCCCCGCGUCCCAGCUCCGCACCACGAACCACAGGAGGUUCCGGGCCCGGACCAUCUGCCCAUCGAGCUGCUCCGGGAGGUGCUGAGCUACCUGCCCCCAAGCACACUGCUCCGGCAGUGCCGCCUGGUGUGCCGGCGCUGGCGAGAGGUGGUGGACGGCAGGGACCUGUGGCUGAGCAUCCUGCCCUGGAAACACCCCGACCUGUGGCCCGUCAUCCUCACCUGCCUGCCCCCUGCUGGCGACCCCGGGCCCUGCAUCCUGGGCCGCUUCUGCGAGCUCAGACCCAUAGGGCGCAAGCUCACCGUGAACCCCCCGGAGAAAGAAGACCUCUGGAACUGUAUGAUGCUGAGCGAUCGCGAUGACUCGGAGGAAGAGGAAGACUUGGGGGUCAGGCUGAAGACUUCUGGGGAGACGAGCUACAGUCCUGCCUACAGGUGUUGGUACAAGGGAGAAAUUUUGGAUCUGGAGGAGGAGGGCCUGUGGUGGGAACUCCUGGAUAGUGGAAAGAUUUGGAUUUCUGUCUGUCGCCGCUGGACAGAACAACAAGGCAGUGACCGGAUGUAUCAGCUAGUCGUCAAGCUUCUAGAUGCCAACUAUGCCACCUUGCAUUAUUUCUUACAUAAACGUUUUCCCUUCCGUCCGCGGACAGGCAGCUUCUCCUUUCGGAUCAUGCAUGCGUUCACCAACAUCAAGAAGGGCGUCCGCUUUGUGUUGUUUGACCACAGUGUCGAGGGCUAUGACUCGUGGCCUGAGCAGUGUGGAGUCUCCAGGCCCCGGUCCAGUGUCAUCGUACGGAUCCGUCCCUAG